AUGGUCACUAAAAGCAAGCUUCGCAUGGCGAUAGCCGCAGAAAGGGGCGUCGAUUUCAAGAUAUUAAAGCAACAGAAAAAACACAGGGAAACAUUAAAGCGAAAAAGUUCAACACCCCAGAAUGGACGGGCGCCCUUGACUGAAGAUGCCCCGGACGAAAAGACGGAACAAGGCGAGGAGGAUAGCCAACACAUCGAUUACAAUCAUGUGAAUCUUGGUGCUGUAGAUGAGACCGACAGCUCCGAUUCGGAAAUCGAGAUGGAAGUCAAGAUUGAAAGACGCUCGUCCAAAAAGCCCGCGAGGGAUAACAACAAAAAUCCAAGUAGGAAAGAAGUUGUCGAUGAGGAUGAGGAUGCUGUCGAGGACGUGGAUGAAGAAGAGGAAGAUGAUGAGGAGGAUGUUCCUCUCUCCGAUCUCGAAGAUCUCGAUGACGAAGAAAAGGAGGAUUUAAUACCUCAUACCCGCCUCACCAUCAACAAUACCUCUGCUCUUCAGUCCGCUCUCGAUCGCAUAUCCAUCCCCAUCGAUAAGACCGCAAAGUUUGCGACUCACCAGUCCGUUGCUUCAUCGGUCAAGACCGCCGAUUCUAUACCUGAUGUCUCUGAUGACUUGCAGCGGGAGCUCGCUUUCUAUUCACAGUGCCUCGAGGCUGCCAAGGAGGGACGCACAAGACUUCUGGCGGAAGGCGUUCCUUUUUCUCGGCCAAAGGACUACUUCGCUGAGAUGGUCAAGGAGGAUGCCCACAUGGAAAAGGUCAAAGCCAAGUUGAUUGAAGAAGCUUCAGCCAAGAAGGCCGCCACAGACGCGCGCAAGCUGCGCGACUUGAAAAAAUUCGGCAAGCAGGUCCAGGUUGCCAAGCUUCAGGAGCGUCAGAAGGCUAAGCGCGAAACACUGGAAAAGAUCAAGACACUCAAGCGAAAACGACAAGAGUCGGGUGGUGACAUGACUACCAAUGAGGCAGACCUUUUCGACGUCAGCGUCGACAAUGAGCUUGCCAAGCACUCCCAACGUGCUGGACCUUCUGGGCGCGGCGGUCAAUCUAAUGGCCCCAACACAAAACGCCAAAAGAAGAACGAAAAGUACGGUUUUGGCGGCAAAAAGCGAUAUGCUAAAUCUGGAGAUGCCGCUAGCUCGGGGGACCUGUCAGCAUUCAACACAAAGAAGAUGAAGGCUGGCGGUGCAAAGGGAAAACCUAAAACGACACGGCCAGGUAAAAGUAGACGUAAGACCAAGGCAUCGAGGUAG